AUGGCUGUUCCCUCAACAUACCGCAAGCUCUCGGUCGUGAGCAAUGAUUUGCUUGUCUCUAUGAAACGACUCACUUUGACGACACUUGACCAACUUCCCCCGUUGGCGCGAGACCUUGCAAAAAUCGCUAUAUACGCCGCUCCUUUAGAAUCCGGCUACUCGGAAAGCCUUGACAGCAUCUCUGAUCGAUUUUGUGACUUCUAUACUUCCAUUGAAGGGCAACUCCAGGCUUGGGCCCAAGGCGGCUUCGUUCUUUCCGAACCCAACGCCAACACCGUAUACGGACAGCCGGUCUCUGGGACACUGAACGAUUCAAAACUGUACAAAAUCCGACAGCAGAUUUACCUACUUCAACAUGACGGUCGGCACGGUAGCGCUUACUUUUUGAAGUACCACCACAUGCGGCACUUUCCGCAGCAAUUCACCCCUCAGGAUCGCGAGCACCUUGAUAGGAUCGCAAAAGACUUUAUGGAUCUUUUAAACAGCAACAUUUCGCGGCAGAUUCUGAGCACUGGUGCGCCAGAGUCGUUUUGGUCUUUUAUCCGAUCUCCACUACUGCCGCAUUUGUUCCUACGCAACAGCUACAACAAAGUCGCCCGUGGUACUGAUUGUCUGGGCCGCAGUAUCUCGCAUGUCCUACACGACCACUCGAUUGAUGGUUCUAAGCCCAUAUGGAGAGACGAAGACCUCCAUCAUGUUGAUAUUCUAGGACGAACAGCUAUGUUCUACGCGUGUCGACGGGGCAAUAUAGAGUUUGUAGAGAGACUCAAUGAUGCUGGAGUGGACACCUGCAUACAGCUCGCUACCGGAAUGUACCCCUUACACGUUGCCGCAACGUUGGGCUUCACUUCGAUCUGCAAGCGCAUUUGUGAGAAUGACGCUCAGCUGAGACAAGGCGUCGAGAACCUCUUGGACGGUAUGGGCCGCACACCAGUCAUGUGUGCAGCAAAUACAGACAAACACGAAACAGUGGACUUUUUCCUUGGGAGAGGCUUAAUUCUCAAGAGUCCAAAGCAGUUCAAUUCGAUACUCGUCGAUAUGGCAAGCAAGGGCCAUUCGAAGACUAUGAAGGUACUGCUCCGUUACAUGAGACGAAUGCUCGGUCGUGGCUCAGCCUUUGACAUCGAAGUGUUGAAGAGUGCUUACUGGCACGCCGAAUCGCGAAUGCAUCAUGAUAUUAUGGCGGCGCUUUCCAGCAUUAUGAAGUUCGACCACAACAAGAAAGACGACAUAGGGCACACAUCCUUAAGUAAAGCAGUUGUACGUGGAAACACGAGGCAUGUUAAGUUUUUACUUAGUCUUUGCGAAGACGAUCUUCUUCUGGUCAACAACAGCAAAACGGACACGUCGAAAUGGGCCGUGGAUCCGAAUGCGAAGGGCAACGAUAACAAAUCUCCAUUGAUACUGGCAACAGAGAUCGGUAUGAAGGAGUGCAUAAGAUUGCUUCUUACACCGCGCUUUCUUCCGGUGAUAUGCCGUGAGGACUUGAUGAGCGCUCAAAAUAUUGCUCAAGCAUCAGGCGACCAAGAACUGUGUGAUAUCAUUGACCGAGCUAUCCUCGAUCGUCUUAUCGAAAGAAGACCAGACGCAGGACCAAUAUGGCCGGACGCACAUCUCGAAAGGCCCCAGUUCCGAAAACGACCCGAAUUUCUGAAAUGA